CUUUAUAUAUAUUUUAGUUUUGGCGGCGACCCCAAUAAAGUGACCAUAUUUGGUGAGUCGGCAGGUGGAAUAAGCGCUGGAUUGUUGAUGUUGUCGCCGCUGACUAAUGGUUUGUACCAGAAUGCAAUCUUGCAGAGUGGAACAGCAACAGCCUUCUUUUCUUAUUUAGAAAGACACGAGGCUGACUCGGUGGCCAGGUAGAGUAUAAAAAAUUUCGUGAAAAUUUGAAAUCUGGUAGGGAGAGGGAAUCUUAGGGCGUUGGCCGGGAUAUGUGAAUUUGACUAAAGUUUUUUUAGAGGUUGUGAUUAAACGAAGUCUAGUUCCAGAGACGUCUGCAUAUUUUCAAUCGAUUCUUUGAAACGUCGUCAAGUCCACGCGCGACUUCCAAAGCAAACAAUGCAAUGAGACAUCACUGUUUACAAACAUCGUUUUUUAGAAUCAUUUGUUUUAAGAACCAGUGCACUUCUGGUUAGUACAUUGAAAUCAAUAGAUGAUUUCAGCGUGAGAAUCGCUAUUGUCAUGUCGACUGUUAAAUUCUCCUUUGACAAAACUGAAUAAAAUUUUGCGGACCACUCCGGAAAACAACUUCCGAUAAAUUUCAGGUGUUUAUUUGGUCUAAAAGUAAUUUUGGUAAAAUUCAGAUAUUCAAGGGCUUCAAUGGGCGUUUCCCUCUCUGCUACUAGGCCCCUUUAAUAUUAUUUUCUCUUAGUUGCGUGCGUUUGUGAGCCUUCCGACUGCUUAGUUAAAAAUCUAAAGCUGGUUAAAACGUAGAAAUUAAAACAAAACUUUCCUUUGCUUCAUCUUCGAUUUAAAAAAAUGUUUUCUGGAAUGUAAAGCUGAACUGGUAAAAUACAACAACGCGCUAUGAGAAAACGCUUGCGACAACAGAUUGAAAUGCGCGUUCGUGUCGAUGCAUGGUUCACAAACUGCUUUCUAAGUACGAGAGUGAGACGUUAUUACACUCAUGCUCGCUUUCUUUAAAUACCUGCUUGAAAAAAAAUAGAAGAAGAAAAAGACAUUGACUCAAUCCUAACCGCGCGAGAAAAAAUUGGAAAUCUUGCCUGCCUUGCCUAAGCAAUUUUGGUAAAAAGACGCUUUUUACGGUUUUUCAGUUUACUAGAAAAGUAGUAUAAAGUAUAGACUUUCUCAAAGUCCUUCGCUUCUAAUUUCCGGUUCCGGUAGUUGGCUCCCGCUCUCGCUCGCUUUUUGCCGCAGAAGACAUAAAAAAAUCUACCGCUCGCGCCUCGCGCUCGUGAAAAAAAUUUGAGCUCUACUUGUAGGCAAGUCUAUAUAAAGCAGAAAGAACCUUUAGAGGACAUCGACUCAAUCCUACAUCGAGGUAAAAAAUUGAAAUUUCACCUCACCCGACUCACCAGCGUUGUAGCCUGUGUUGCAGAUGUAAUUUAACCUCGGUAAGUUUCGUCUGUCAGUGUGGCAUAGGCUACAAUUUUGUUAGUCCAAUACUUUUCUCUUGCCCUUAACGAGUGACACUUAAAACAGUUUUUCUGUUUACUGGAAAAGACGCCUAAAGCGAUGAAAACCUUUCAGGUAGCAUUGUAUCUUGGUAACACUUACCUUUAAUUUAAAACGUUUUUCAAUUAAUCGAGUUCCUUUGACUAUUAAUUAAAUCUUUUUCAGGAGCUUUUCACAGUUAGUGGGAUGUGACUUUUCCUCCCUUAAACAGUGCUUGAAGGAGAAAUCAGUCGAUGAGAUUCUAAAGGCCCAGCUUAAAGUCCGUUCCAAGGAAAAUGUUCUGCCCCUUGGACCUGUAAUGGAUGGAUACUUUUUGCCUGGUAUGAAAACAACCUGAGAGGAAAUAAUGGGUCACAGAGGGAAAAGCCCAGUCUAGCCCUUAAGAUAAUAUCACCAAAGUUAUUUUUUAGCCAAUUAAAGGCUUGCAGUUAAUCGGAAGUUGGUUUCCCGUGAGGUUCGUAAUUAGCAAUUAUUCUUUGAAAUCGAGGUUAACUAGGCUGGAGGCGGCGGUGUAAAUAUUCCUAAAGCCACUAUUCACCAGAUUGAAAAGAAUAAUUGUUUUAGUAUAUACACACGAAGUGAUCUCAACAAAAUCAGAGAGGAAACCAUUAAAAAGUACUAUUUGAUCGACGUAGUUUAGUAAAUAGAUCUUUGCAGAAUUUUCAAACAUAGCAGUUCACAAGUUCAUCACUUCGCAAACAACAGCGAAAUGGCUUAAAUGGAACUGUUUAAAGUUUGAAUUGUUUCCUCACCUGAGAGGAAAAGUAGGGCUUUUUCUGUUAAUUCGCCAAGUUUAUAGCCAAGAGGGUCUGUUGUGUCGUUCUUCGCAUGAAGUGCUGACAAAAAUGGCGGCUCGGUUGCUCGAGGUAAGAAGUCGUCUUCCUGUACCAUUCUUCUUCCUAUUUACUUGAAACGUAGGAUUUUGCAAACAUUUGCUUUCAAAUUUGUUUGUCAUAAAUAAACUUCGAUUUUUGGGCCCAAUUUUCUUGUGAGGAAACGCUGAGUACUUCACGAAACGGUUUCUUCUACGCGAAUAAACGGGAGUUGUAAAUAAUCCAUCGAGCAAAAAAAAAACUCAGCUGCAGUAAAUGGAAAACGCGGUUUUGAAUCCUUCCAAGUCUUUUCUUGCCUUAAAAAAAUUCAACCCUGGGAUUUUGUUGACUUCUAAAAGAUCGUUCUCUAAAAAAAAUGGGAAAAACACCGAGCUCACACAUUAUCCACUCGCUAGGAGGUGGAUAUUGUUGAAUACUCCGAGAUAGCGAACCAAUCAGAUUGCUUAAAUCACCAAGAUCAUUGAGUGUAUAUACUAAUUACUUCUAUCAAGUGUUGCCAAGAGGGAAUUCAACAGUAUCCAUUACAAUAUUCAGCUGCAUUAAUUGUUUUCUCUGAAGCAGUAGCCCGUGGACUUGAUGACGUUUUAAACCCAUCGAUUGAAAUGUGCGGACUUCUUAGGGAUGAGACUUUGAUUACAAGCCCUAAAAAAACUCUAGUAAAAUACGCAUAUCCCGCCCCAAGAUUCCCCCUCUGUCCCAUUAUUUUCUCUUGACCAAACCCAACCCCCCGCAGGGGAUUGCGGGACCUGACUUCAUCACAUCUCCCAGACAAAAUUGUUAAAAAAUGCUAUAGGAUACUCCUGGCGACGUUGAAGUUUUAAAUGGAUAUGGGUACUGCAAUUUUUAUCUCAUUGAACUGACUAUUUUAGUGCUUACUAUCCCAAGAACGACUCGUUGUUUUGAUAAAAGAGCAAAAUUCUUGUUAUAUGUGUCUGCGGUCUUGAGUUAUUCUGAAAAUUCGAACCUAUCGCAAUAGUUUUAAAGACACUGGGCAUAUUUCCUUCUUCAGGCCUAAAUGUUUGUUAUUAAUACUAAAACAUUUUGAAUUGUUGCAUGUUUUAUACAAAAACGUGCGAUAACUUGCAUUUUUUCUCAACAAGAAUCGUGUCUUUUGUGAAGUCAUAUCACGUAACCCAUAGUAACCGUCUGACACCAAAAUUUGCCAGAAUGUGUGUUUCUGUAUGGAAUAAGAGAAUAGCUACAGGAGAGAAAAGAAUUCUCACCACUCCUACACAGACCAAGCUUGUAUGUUACAAAAGUGCACUCAGGGAAUGCUCAUUCAUCAUCAUCAUCAUUAUCAUCAUCAUUUUUAUUUAAUUCUAGAUUCUCCUCCAAAGCUCUUACAAGCUGGAAAGUUCAACGCUACCAAUGUCAUUGUCGGGGUAACUCGGGACGAUGGUGGCGUUUUCGUCAUACCGAUGCCAGGUAAAAGUCCUACUCACUUAUCCCACGAUUAGUAUGUGUAAUCAAAUGGUGACGAGUGAAAUUGGGGAAUAAUUUCACGCGCGUUUUGUCCAAAUCCUAAUAAUUUCCCGAGCCUUUAGGUGAGGGAAAUUAUUAGGAUUUGGACAAAACGCAAGUGAAAUUAUUCCCUAAUUUCACGAGUAUACCAUUUGAUUACCUAUUAAUAUCAUGGGUGACGAAUUACGUUAGCAAUCUUGGAUUUUUGACAUGUUUAUCCUGGAUCGUAUCGAUCGAGAACUUCACUCUCUCAAAUGUUUAGACCUUAAAUUUGGCUUAUAAAGUUCAGAAUUUUUCAGACUAUUUCGGCAAAAUACCUGCUAGAAUCGUUCUUGAUGUUCUCUUGUAUGUUCAGGUUUUCUAAAGCGUCUUUUUGUGCCCUGACAUCUUCAUUAACGGCAUUUUAAAACUUCGUCGCCAUCUUGACACUGAGACGUACGGAAGGUUGCCAUGGCAAUUUUGUAAUUUCACAUGUGAAAUUACAAAUUAAUGCUGAAAUUUCGCGCCAAAAUUAAGGAGUAAUUCGUCACCUAUGAUAUUAUUGGUCAAACAAGUCCUAGACGGAAAUAAAUCAGCUUCUAGCCUGAACUGUUAGAGGCCCUGUGAUCGAGAGGUUAACAUUUCUGUGGGGUAGGCUUCGAACAUUACCGUCACGUAGUUUCCAUAGAGGGUCCGGGCACUCAAAAGAUGGAUGGCGCUAUCAACACUACACAUCAAAAUUUUCGGUUUUAUAACCGGCUGAAUUAUUCAACAGUAAAUAGUGGAUCGCCUUCAUAAACACUUGAGUUAGCAGUAAGCUUGUGUGAGGAAGAGCUUCAGGCCCUAACCACAAAAUUCCUAAGCUUAAUUUACACAAACUUAUUAGCAUAUAUUUCUCAGUAUUAUUUCAAACAUUCGAAAUAUUUUUGUAUUUAAGGUAUCACUAAAGGUCUCAACAUUUCACACGGCAUUUCAAGGGCACUCUUCAAGAAAGAGAUAAAGAACAGACUUUGGACUCGGCAUCAAACCGAGAGAAUCACAGACUUGCUUAUUUAUGAAUACACAAACUGGUCGAACGUCAGCAACCCCUAUGUGCUACGCGAGCAGCUCGUCCAUCUCUUUACAGACUCGUUCUUCAAAGCUCCCGCUGUGGAGUCAGCAGAGUUUUUUGUGAAGAAGCAAGUUCCAACGUACUUUUACCAACUAGAGAUAGCUCCCAAGUUUGUGCUUGGUAUACCUAUACCAGAAGAUAACGGAAUAUAUCAUGGGGCAGAUAUUUUUUACACGUUUGGCUUUCCUCUUGUGACGCAGAAAAAUCAAACAAGUGAAAUUCAAGUAAGAUUUGCUAAGAGCUUUAUGACGCUGUGGAGUAAUUUUGCCAAGACUGGGUAAGUAGAAAUUUUAGUACUUUACUUGGCUUCCGUUUCAGGCCAAGUGAUAGAAAACUUGUUUUCUUGAAUGACGUGAAUUGGUACUUUCCAGGAGCUUCCAAUUCAUAUCCGCCUCCUCAGUUACCGAUACUGCCCUUUAAGACUACCUGACCCCUUUACCUUAAUAUUGAUUACUUGAGUUGGAUACUAAUAUCGUUUACGGGAUACCCGCCCUCUUUUAAGCGGUCAAUUUUUAUAAGACCUGAGGGUUCGCACGCACCUUCAAAGUCCUUGAAAAUUGCAGUCGAUGCUGUAAAAUCCUUUGAUUUUCAAUUUUCAAUGUUACGCAAAAACCAACAUUUCUAAAUUUCAAUUCGAUCCAGAAUCCUCGAACGUUUAAUACAUGAGCCCCUGGCUCGGGAGAUUGGGCAACCACUCCUCACGUUAUCGAGCUUAAAUAAAAAAUUGAUUGUUACCUUUAUAGUUUAAGUGGAUUCCACAGAAAAAGGAGCAAACACAGAAAGACCUUGGGAUAAAAUUACUCGUGUUGUGGAAGAACUAAAAAUAUAUAGACUCAAGGCUCUUUUUUGCACUAAAUGGAGUCCUUGACAAAUGGAAAAUGUGUCCUUGAAAGUCCUUGAAUUUUUUGUUCCAAAAAAGGGUACGAACCCUGUAAGACGCUCACUUUCUUCGGGGGCCACAACACAUAACAAUAGAUCACGAGUAGUUCCUGAUUCUCUCCUCGUGUCAACUUCAUCUCGCCUGCGAACAGACUCCCAGGGGCACAAUGAGGUAUGCCCCUUCUCGUUCGACCUUCUUGGCUGUCCUACACGCCACGAGAGCCUGUUAAUAGGCCAACCUUCCUCGCGCGUCGCAGUUUUCACGUGCGCUUACGUUUUUUGCUGGAUCUAUUGUCCCUGAGGAAAUACUAGGAUAAUGCUUGGACUACUCCUAGCCAAGCUUAACAGAAGUUUGAUUGUAAUUUGAAUGAAUGGAAUUGCGUCCCAGAAGGCAAUUUGACACGACACUAACCCUGAUUUCAUGUGGAGUCUCAAUUUGGCCAAUAUCUCUUCAAGGAAGAGUAGUGUUACAGUUUAUAAUUUCGUGCUAGGCUUAAUCCAAUACGUUAGGCUUCUGUAAGAAAAACCCAUAGGCAAAGGUCUUGGCAUAGUUAUAGGUCACUGGCGUGACUUCGUUAUAAACUAAACCAAACCAUCUAAGAAUCUUGAUAUAGUCAAGAGGGUAAAACAUAUUGUUUUAUAUUGCUAGAAAUCCCAAUUCUCCGACACCUUUGGAGACAACGUGGCCGCAGUACACAGCUGGGCGAGAGGAAUAUAUUGGCCUGGGCGCGAACUUGACAGUUAGGUCCAAAAUGCGUCCAGAAAAGAUGGCGCUGUGGAAUGAGUUUCUACCAGAUCAGUUAGUGGAAGAGCAAACCACAGAAAGCCCCAAGCCGACCACAACUGAGGCAAUAUCUGAUGAUAAGAAAGGUGAGGAUUUAAUUUGGAUUCUUUAAAUGUCAUGAUAUACAUGUAGAGCGUAGAGAAUCGGUUAGUUUAUAUAUGCACGUGAAAACGGGGAGAACCAAUACAUUUUAAGAAAAGAGGUAUUUAAUAAGAUAGGCAUGACCACGUAUAUUCUGUACACUGUUACAUCUUUUGACAGCUGUUACAGCGAAACGUUUACCAUAAUACCGUUCUCAAGCAUUGGCUUGCGAGUCAUACUCGAAGACGCAAACCACUUGUGGGCAUAAUAAUCAAUACACGAGAAAACGGUUAUAAUCAAUGACUGAGGCUAUAAUUUUCAACUUCCCUCAGUUUAAAUGGUCACGUCACGGGGCGGUGAGCUUUAGGCCUUUUCUCUGAAACUGAAAACAUACCUUUCAAGACCAUAAUUUUUGUAACUAUUGUUUGUAAGUAGGACUUUCUGGAAUUUUGUAUAUUUAAGAAACGGUCCAGAUAAGAACGAUAGCAACAACGGCAACCAACAUGUUGGAAUGCAAAAAAGGUGCCAACUUUUCUUUUGUCUGUACUUACUUCUGAUUGGCUUAAACAGCAAAAAUGAACAAAAUUUCAUAAAGCAGUACAUAUAUUCAUCCUUACUUUCCAACCAUCUUCCAUAUAACAAAAUCUGGUCUCAGAUUGAACAACAGAGAAAUCCUAUGUGAAGAACAUGUAAAAUAGUAAACUUUUCUUGGCUAUUGUUUUCAACUCUUGUGAUUGGUCAAAAUCUUUUAACACAAGAAAAACACCCUUUGAAAGUGGAGUGCAAAUGCAUUUUAUUGCGUAAACGGCCUUGAUGUAGGUUUAUGCAUUCUCUGUGUAAAAAUGAGAACUUUCCUAUGUGGGGAAAGCACCGUUGCCGCAUAACAAAAGAAAUUGCUAUCCACCUUACCCGGAUCAUUACUUAAUAUUUACUUAAUUUUUGUUUAUUUAUUUUUUCUUAAUUUUUGGUUGGGGGUUACGCGCAUAUUAUCUGUGGAUAUCAGGUGAAACCCUCAAAACAAGUAUUUAUCUAUCUAUCUAUUAGGCCAUACUAGAUAUCUCUUUUGCCCGCACGAAAACCAUAUCGGAUAGGGCUUCUAUGCACACAUAAGAAAGGUGGUUUCGGCGGGAUUUCUGUAACGGAGCGAAGCUGCGCCGCGCCGAAAGAAACUGAAUGAAUUGAUGAUUUUGCUCCUUUUUGCUAAUUUCUAGUAUUUUGGAGCAAUUGUCAUAGGGGGCGUCUAAUAAAAUGUGCACAGCACAGAGAGGGCGUUUAUUAGAUAAGGGGCGUUUAUUGGGUCAUUUACGGUAGUUGACUGUCUUUUCUCCAAUUUAGAUAAACUGGUGAUGAUACUCGCCAUCUUAACAGGAGUAUUUGGUGCUGUAGGUGUAAUCUUACUUGUUGUUCUUAUCGUCAUAUGCCACAAACUGCCAAGACGUCGGCGAAAGGAGCUGGAACUUUAAGCAUACUUAAAGCUUUGUGGCAAGAAUCUAACCCUAACGAGCAGCCUGUUUUAGAAUUUGGAGGAUCAUGGCUCAUAUGUUUCUGCAAGAGAUCACUUUCAGACUCGACAAACGGCCUGUAAAGCUGGAAAGGUUUAGACCGCACAGUUUUGAUUUGGAAUUUUGAAAUAUACAAGAGUUUUUGUUGUUUUUUUUUUGUAAUGGCUUCUUGGAGAAGAAACUUAUCUUUACAGAGACUGCUUUUUGUGGCUUACUGCCUCUUAGAGGCUGUACGCCACAAUGUUAUCGCGUUGAGUGAUUGAGUGUAACAAAAGAAUCCGAGCCGACAAACUCUACCGAUUUCGAUCCGAUAUUCACCGAUCUUAGCCCCUUUUUGUUUCGGGACAUCGUCGGUUGUUCAAUGUUUGUCGAGGAUAGCUUCGAAUAGCCUCGAAUGUUACUCGGAAUUAACACUUGAUCACACGAGAAAUUUUCGAUUUACCAUGUGCUCUUGAUUUUUUCGAGGUCGCCAAUGGAAGGUGAGUUCUUCAUUCAUAAUGAGUUUACGCUAUCUAUAUAAUUAGGUGUAAGAAUCAAAUGCAGCUGUCUUCGCAUUGAUGGAGAACUUGUUAGCAGAGAAUUCAGUUACCAGUUUUCCAGAAAAUGUAUUACUCCAUCGAAGCGCGAUCGAGUGUUUAGUGCAGCUGAACAUCUUAGCCUCGUGGCGAUCUCAAAACCUUAUCAAGAGUCAAGUCCUUCGGGCAGCGGAUUAUCUCCUUCAAGGGGAGCGAAUAAUCUAAGACAGACGCGUAAGAAAAUGCUUAGAAAAGCAGUCCCUUUUUCAUCUGUUUUAUCCAGUAUUGCUGCAAAUCGUAUUAAACUCUAGAUAACACGAUUCGUCUGGUGAGAAGAAUCUAAAGCUACUAUUCAACAAAAGAGUCAAAACAGAUAUAUAAUUCAUCUAAACGAAGCCGUUGUUAUUCCUUCAGCUUAGUGUUCUACUUUGUUGUGCCACGUUUUUGUGAGAGAUCGUAGAUCACAACCUCAGUUCGUUUACUAUAGCUUUUGUUGUUUUCGUCUCUUGUUUCGUAUCAUAUGACUCUUCAGUGACACCGGUCACGUGCUGUUUGUCCCGCUUGCCCUUCUUUCGUGACAUAGCAUGUUCCUUAGCGUGUUUGUUUUCCUUUUUACAUUAUAGUGUAGUUUUACUCUCCUACAGUCGAACCUCCCGUAAGUGACCAUCUAAAAUGCAACGACUGAGUGGUUGCUUACAAGAAUCGAACCACAGGGAGCCUUUUCCGAGAAGAGGUCCUGGAACAUCUUCUUUAUGGAAGAUAAUUUAUUGCAUGCGAUGUCUUAGUUAAGACAUGUGCAGUUCCGUGUUCUCACUAAAGUUCUUCGCAUAUUCUAAAUAGUAUAGUGCUCACAACGAACAUAGAGAUAAGAGAAUGCGUCAAGUGGUCGUUUACAAGAGGUUAAGUAAUGAUCCGGGUAAGGUGGAUAGCAAUUUCUUUUGUUAUGGGGCAACGGUGCUUUCCCCACAUAGGAAUGUUCUCAUUUUUACACAGAAAAUGCAUAAACCUACAUGAAGGCCGUCUACGCAAUAAAAUGCAUUUACACUCCACUUUGAGAGGGUGUUUUUUUGUGUUUAAAGAUUUUGACCAAUCACAAGAGUUGAGAACAAUAGCCAAGAAAAGUUUACAAUUUUACAUGUUCCCCACAUAGGAUUUCUUUGUUAUUCAAACUGAGACCAGAUUUUGCUAUAUGGAAGAUGGUUGGAAAGUAAGGAUGAAUAUAUGUACCGCUUUAUGAAGUUUUGUUAACUUUUGCUGUUUAAGCCAAUCAGAAGUAAGUACAGACAAUAGAAAAGUUAGCACCGUUUUUGCAUUCCAACAUGUUCGUUGCCGUUGUUGCUAUCGUUCUUAUCUGGACCGUUUCUUAAAGACAAUGGAAAAUCAUUGACCGUCAUGCCCAAAAAGUGGUCGCGGUCGCUUACAGGAGGUGGUCGUUUACUAGAGGUUCCAACUGUAAAGCUUUGACUGGGAAAAUUUUAGUGCUUUGGAUUGGCGGUCGUUUAUGGGAGGUGGUCGCACAUGGAGGUUCGACUGUAGUCGUAUUGUUUAACGGUGUUAGUAAUUUUUAGCAUCGUUUCCUUUUAGCGCUAUUGCCCUGUCUUAUUAACAGUGUUACUUGAAAUAAUCAAAAUAGUUAUUUGGCUUUUAAGAUUCAUAGAUGGUUUACAUAUAAUACAAACCUUAAGCAAGCAUCGAUCUCAAAUAAAAACUAUUACGUUGCGUCAAACUCAACUCUUUGUUAUUUUCUGACUUAUAUGUUGGACUGGUACCUAUUAAACAUUAGCAGGACAUGUUCCCCCCUGUAUCACGAUGUCACACUAGCAGACUGCAUUCCCACAUUUUUCUUGCUAUUCGUUCUACUCUGGUUUCGUUGUUGUUAUUCCAUUUUGAUUUAGCUUAUACUAAAUGCUGUAGGAUGUCUGCAAAUGUGAGACGUUGUCCCUUAUUGAGGUGAAGCUAUACAGUAAGCCACAUGCAGUCAUAGACUGCCUAUUUUUUAGGAACGCUUAGAUUAUCCGUUUAAGGGCCUGUUUCAAACGUCGUGCUACGGCCGUGCUAAGCUGGCUCGACUGUAGCUCGACUGCAGCACGACACUAGCACGACUUGGUUUCAGACGUCGAAUUUAAUUGAGUCGAAUAGAACAACUGUUUUCGAAAACAAAACACAGAAAUAAAGAAACGGUUUAGCAAUUUUUUUUAUGUAUUCUAAUGUAUUUAUAAUUUAUGAAUUGAAUUCGGCGCGGCGGUAGCACGACGUUUGAAACAGGGCGUUUAUUGGGUCAUUUACGGUAGUUGACUGUCUUUUCUCCAAUUUAGAUAAACUGGUGAUGAUACUCGCCAUCUUAACAGGAGUAUUUGGUGCUGUAGGUGUAAUCUUACUUGUUGUUCUUAUCGUCAUAUGCCACAAACUGCCAAGACGUCGGCGAAAGGAGCUGGAACUUUAAGCAUACUUAAAGCUUUGUGGCAAGAAUCUAACCCUAACGAGCAGCCUGUUUUAGAAUUUGGAGGAUCAUGGCUCAUAUGUUUCUGCAAGAGAUCACUUUCAGACUCGACAAACGGCCUGUAAAGCUGGAAAGGUUUAGACCGCACAGUUUUGAUUUGGAAUUUUGAAAUAUACAAGAGUUUUUGUUGUUUUUUUUUUGUAAUGGCUUCUUGGAGAAGAAACUUAUCUUUACAGAGACUGCUUUUUGUGGCUUACUGCCUCUUAGAGGCUGUACGCCACAAUGUUAUCGCGUUGAGUGAUUGA